AUGGCUGAACAACGCAAUGGUCCCGGAAGGCCCAGGACGAGGAAUGUGGAGACUGAGCCUGAAACCAAGAAUGCGGGUGUGCCUUGGGUGCAGAUAAUGCAGCAGGUGCAACAACAUAAUCAGAUGAUGAUGCAAAUGAUGCAAGGCAUGCAAGGGAAACAACCAACCGCUCCUGCUUCUACUCCUCAGGUUGCAGCAGGGCCUGACUUUCGUGCCUUCUUUCGGAUGGAUCCGCCAGAGUUCUUGGGUGGCUUAGAUCCUGUGAUUGCGCAUGAUUGGCUAUAUGCUAUGGAGAUGAUAUUUCAGGCCAUUCAGUGCACAAAAGAAGAGAAGGUGAUCUUUGUGUCUCAGAAAAUGAAGGGACCAGCAGGUAGAUGGUGGAAUACGGAGUCUACGUAUUUCACUAACCGGGGGAUUCCAAAGGAUUGGCAACAUUUCAAGACAGCUUUCUUGGAGAAGUACUACCCCAACAGUGUGCGUGCUUUGAAGGAGCGCGAGUUUCAGUCCUUCAAACAAGGCAACAUGUCGGUAUCUGAAUAUGCUGAGAAGUUUGAGGACAUGGCUGCCUAUUCCAGACAAGCAGCUUAUGCACCAGAUGAGUUGUGGAAGAUUGAUCAGUUCCUCAUGGGGCUGAAUGCUGAUAUUGUGCGUAGUGUGUCUCAAAUGGAGUUUACCACCUAUGCUGAGUGUUUGAGGAAAUGCUAUGUUGCUGAGAACACAUUGAAGAGAGUCCAAGAUGAAAGAGAACAGAAUAAGCCGGUUCGUAGGGAACAAGGAAGGUCGGGGCAGCAUCUGAAAACUCGCAAUUUCCCGCCUAUGAAGAAACAAGUUCAUGGUGAUCAUUCUACUCAACCUCCUUGGUGUGGCAAGUGUAACAGGAAGCAUUAUGGAGAUUGUAAGACAGCCUCGGUGAAAUGCUACAAGUGUCAAGAGUUCGGUCAUUUUAGGAAGGAUUGUCCUGUGCGAGAUGCUCCCGAAAGGACUCCAGGUCGUGUUUACACCUUGGACGCUAGGAAGGCCCAAGGAAACACUAACCUUGUUGCCGGUACGUGUUAUGUUAAUGAUUAG